CCUCCAUUGAUUCAAACUCCAUCGAAGGGAAUAGAGCUUGUGGCUUUCUUCUCUACUUAAACCAGGCUUUGCAAUCUCAAUAUCUUCUCUACAAACAGCAAGUGAAAACGAAAAACAAGGAGAUAAACAGAAAGCUUUCAAGUGAUCACUUCACCACCACCACACCACCGCCACGUCCGCCGUCUUCCUCGUAGUUGUUUGUUGUUUAUUUUCUUGUCAAAGGGCCAUGAACCGAGGAGUGUUGCAGAGCUCUCCAGUGCAGCAGAUGAUGGCCACCGGAAACCCUAACUGGUGGAACAUCAACACCACGCGCCCACCGCCACCGUCGACCCAUCUACAACAGCAACAACCACCUUCUCCGUCUGCUUUCUUCCCUCAUUUCACACCCACUUCUUCUUCUUCCUCCAACUCCUCCAAUUCGCUUCAUAUUCCUUAUUGGCAUGAGCAUGAUAACCAAGAGCUUCCUCACUCAUGGAGCCAACUACUCAUGGGUGGAUUAAUGGGUGAAGAACAUGCAUUACACCAUGUGAAGCAAGAAAACCCAGCUAGUGCAAGCAGCUAUGUGUAUGGACAUGCAAGCGAAAGCUCUCAUCUUCAUCAUCAGGCAAACAAACCAGCUGUUUGGUCUCAUCAAAUAAUGGCUGCCGCCGCCGCCGCCGCUUCAUCGUCCCCCAAGUCAUGUGUAACGAGUUUCAGCAGUACUAACAUGUUGGAAUUUUCCGGUAGUAAAGCUGAUGCAAUCCAGUCAUUCCCAGAUCGGUCUUCUAAUUGUAAUAGCAGUGGAAGUGGUGGGGCAAUGAAGAAAGCUAGGGUUCAGCCUUCUGCAACCCAAUCCAGCAUCAAGCAGGUGAGGAAGGAAAAAUUAGGGGACAGAAUUACAGCACUUCACCAGCUUGUUUCUCCGUUUGGGAAGACUGACACAGCCUCUGUCUUGUUAGAAGCUAUUGGGUACAUCAGAUUCCUUCAGAGUCAAAUUGAGGCUCUCAGCUUACCGUACUUGAGCAAUGGACAAGGAAACAUAAGGCAGCAGCAGCCUGUUCAAGGGGAGAGAAACUGUAUAUUUCCUGAAGAUCCUGGCCAGCUGUUGAAUGAAAACUGCAUGAAGAGGAAAGGUGGACCUGACAAACAGGAGAGUCAUGAAGAACCAAAGGACCUGAGGAGUAGAGGGCUAUGUUUGGUUCCAGUGUCAUGCACACUUCAUGUCGGCAGUGACAACGGCGCCGAUUACUGGGCUCCGGCGUUUGGCGGCAGCCUCCGAUAGAAGGCUUGUUACCGUCGGAAAAGGCUACGCAAGAUUUAAAGAAAUGUAGGGGUAGGGGGAUGAGAAGUUUUCAGUGGGAAGGAUAUAACAUCAUGAGCAGUCACUCUGCAAGAAAAAGAUGAAAGGCUGAUUGCUCAUGAUGCUAUAC